CAAGUUUUCUACGUGCGUUUUGUAUGUGUUGUUUCUUACAUCAUAUUCAAUUCAAUUUUUAUAACACAGUUGGCCAACGUGGGAGUCAUAGAUACUGUUAUCCCUGGAGUUUUUGUACUAUGGCCAUGUACGGCAAUCAGGCAUCAUCUUCACAAUACAUCAAUCCAAACCAGCCAACGUGCCAUAACACACUAUAUAACUGCUCCCAGCCGUGCGUCGAUGGCUUUUCUUAUUGUCUGGAUCACAUCACCGAGGAUCGAAAUGCUCCUUAUAGACCAUGCACAUUCGUAUUCUCUAAUGGAAAGAGAUGUGCCACAAAUGUUCUAAAGGGGGAACGAAGAGACGGAUUAUGUCAAGAUCAUGCCAAAAGGUCAGCAUUGUGUAAAAUGAAAACACUGAGGAAGAGGCAACCCCCUGAAUCCCUUGAAACCCUCAUCGAUGAUCUGCAGCAUUAUAGUGAAGCAGGAAAUGAAGAAAAAGCCACGGGGACACUCAGUUUAAUAGAAAAAUUGUCACUGAAUGCUUCCAAUCAAAAGUUGCAAGAUUAUGCUAGUGAAUCAGACAGUGAGGAGGAACUACCAACUGCAGAGCAAACUAUGCGGCAAGAGGAUGACUCUGAUGCAGAAAGUAUAGACAGUGACCCAGAUGAUCCGUUGAGGCAUGCUGGUGUCUUUACACCUGAGGAAGUGGUCUUACUGACCAGGGAUAAGCUGAUUAAACUACAAGCUCUGUAUCUCGAUCAGUUCAAGCGAUUACAUCAUCAGUUGAAGUGCGCACGCAGGCGCUAUCUUAAUGGCGUGAAAAGAGAGAAAGAAAAUGGAGUGGCAAGUGCUCCUUAUCCUGACACGCCAUCAGAACGUAGAGCUGUGGCUAAAUUACGAAGUUUGCGUCGCUUUCAGCGCCAUCGAGGCUCUGAGGCGUUAUUGCAUCAUCAGUUACAGGAAAAACGCCUCCAAGUCACACAAGGAGUCAAUUACAAAGCUCCACCCACACCAAAGUGUUCCUUUGUCGAUUGUGGAGUUAAAUGCACAAACCCUGCCGUUCCAUUGACGAAACAUUGCACAAGACAUGUAUUAAAUGAUCCUUCGCAAAUGUUAUUUCGACCCUGUGGUGCCACUAUUCACGAGAACGAAUGCAAAGAACCUGUUAUAAACUUCAGUGAAGACACUCGGUGCGUCUUUCACACCAUGAUGCCACCAAUGCUGCUUGUUGAACAGGAAAUUCCUGUUGCAUCUCCGCUUAUAAGCGUCGAUGAUGAAAUUGAUAAAGUGGAUAUUAAACUUGAAAUAGAUGACGCUGGACAAUCUUGCGGUUAAUUGUUUCUAUUCAUGAAUACUAUUUACAGUUCUC